GUAAACAUCUGGGUCGCCCCACUGCAGUGCCCGGCCGUGUGCCCGCUCCCCGCACUACAGCUUAACCCCUCCACCCCCGGCCGCCCCAUGCUGCCCGCACCCCGGUAGUGCCAGGCUCCGACCCCCGCACACCUGGAUCCCCCCGGGCAGCCGCUGCAUGAGCCCCCCUAUAUGUUCUACGUGGGAUUGUUCUUCGUCAAUGUGCUGAUCCUGUACUAUGCCUUCCUGAUGGAGUACAUCGCCCUCAACGUGGGCAUCGUCUUCCUGCCCGAGGACAUGGACCAGGCGCUGGCGGAGCUCGGAGUGCUGUCAGACCCCGCUUCUCUGCUCUACGACGCGGGCAACGACGUGGACGCGCUGGACGGCUUCGUGGAUUAAUAGUGCGGCAGGUGCGGGGGACGAUGGCCUCGUCAGGUGCCGGCCCCGGAGAGACACCGGCCGCUGCGGGGACAUGAUGUCCGCCUGACGUACAUUUAGGACCUGCGGCUAAACCUAUGUGGAUUAAGAGGCGAAACUUGAAAAAGCUGUGACAAUGAAGAAAUGCCAUGAAAGUUGAGACUGUAGCUGAAAGGAUUAUAUAUUAUUUGCAUUAAACCUUUUCACUAACCUCUACACAUUCUAACAGCAGCUACAACAGUGCCAUGGGGUGCGGAUGAGUUACUCUGAACCUGGCCUUCAACCUAAAGAAGAAUUGGGCUUUUGGUCAGUUUAGGACCUCAGGCUUCUAAUGUGACAGCAUCUCCUGAAAUGUUCUAGGAGUGGUAAUACAUAUAUAUAUAUAUAUAUAUAUAUAUAAUAUGUUUACAGUGCAGCGUUAUGCCAGGGCUUGAAUCUAAUACAGUGUGCCUUAAGGUCUAGCGCACUGUACUCUUCUAUAUGUGGGAAAAGACCAGCGACAUGCACGUUACCAGUUCCAUCAGCAGGUUAUUGGUGGACUUACUGGACUGGGGGGUGUUACCGGUUUCAGUGGUCUUCCUGUUAACACUUUCUUAGAGAAUUUCAGUCCUGACUAAAAGGACACAAUACUUGUAUAGUUAGUUCAACAGCCUAUAUUUUUUCCAGAUAUAUAUAUAUAUAAAAAAAAAAAAUGGACGCUUCUUGAAAAUGAGAACCCUUAUAUUUUAUUGGAGAACUAAAGUUUUGGAAUAAUCAGAAUUUUAAUAGUAAAUGUUAACAGCUGUAUGUAAAAGUGAAUAUCGACGCUAAAGGUGAUGCGAACAUUGGCCCUGAAAGGUGAUGUCCGGCGUCACCAUCAAAGUUCUUUCAUUGUCUCAAAGACUCUAAUAUGAAACAGUGUUGCAGUAGGUCCUGAUUGAACCGUUGUUGUCUCGUUUCUGCAGCUCCUGUUCAGACAAUGCAUCUCCAUGGUAACUGGCAGCAAACACACCCUGUGUAGUCUGAUCUCACCGUCCUGUUUACUUCUAUUUGUCCCCUGUUUUGUGCUAAUGUCUAUUUGAUAGAUUAGCAGGGCGUAAGGGAGCAUGUAGGAUCAGACUGCACAGGGUGGUUUGUUGUCUGUUACUAUGGAGAUGUACUGUUUGCACAGGAGCUGCAGGUACAAAACGGUUGUAGUGUUGCUUUGUUUCUCAUUUUAGAUUCAUUGGGACAAUCAUAAAAUAUAUUGCAAAGUUGAGCAUAGCCUUAAAGGGGUUCUCCGAGACCAGGAACCCAUGGUCAGGGUGCACUUGUGACAGGUGAGUCUUUUUUUUUUUUCUUGACCAUGUGUUCCCGGUCUCGGAGCACUUCUUUAAGAGACAUAUAAUUGAAGGAUGAAUACCCUCUUGUUCACCCUGUGCUCAUAUUUGAAGUCUUGUAUUGUUGAAGAGAUUUCAUUGAGAUGCUGAGGCGAGGACCAGCGUGGUCAGACGGCUUUUCACAUAGUGGCAAACAGCCACUGCCGUCUCCUGUUCACUUUUAUGGGAGUAAUGGACACAGCGUAGUACAGUAACUCCCGCCACCCUGACGCCGCAUGUAAGGGGUAUUCUGAUCAACACAUAUGACUACGAUGGGAGUACUCCUUUAAGUGGGGUUGGCAGACAGCCCAUCGCUAGCACCCAGUUUAUCCCUGAUUACUUGGAGCUCAGCCGGGGGCUGUGAAGAGGCAGGGAAGCCUUGUAGUGCUGGGACCGCAUCAGCAUUUUAUUCUACUGCAUAUCGGAUCAUUUAGGAAAAUAAAACUCUAAAUGUAUUACAUGUAAGCCAAACGCUGGGACCCCCUGUAUUCACGUUCUCCACCUCUAUCACUACAAGGCUGUGACAAGGAGGUCGAGCAUGUGCUUCGUCACUCCGUCCACAUGGGGUGAGAAAAAGACAACGCGCAGUGCUGGGGUAGCGAUCAGUGUGGGUCUGACUCCUACCAACUAACAUUUCUAACUCAUCCAGGAGACCUGUGUAGUAAUGUGUCACUAAGGCCUCGUGCACACGACCGUAGUUAUGGUCUGCGAGUGAGCCACAUGGACAGCGCACAGCGCUAUAAAAAUGUGGAAACCUCACAGAUGUUAUCUGUGUACUGUCUGCAUUCGUAUGUUCGUCCUGCAAAUUAUAGAACGUCCUAUUGUCCAUUUUUGGCGGACAAAAAUAGGCAUUUCUAUAAUGGGACUGAGGAAAAUGCGGCUUGCACACAGGUGUCUGUAUUUUGUGGCUCUGCGGACUAUGGUCGUGUGCUCAUAGUCUAAGCCAGGGAUGGACAACCUGAGGCUCUGCAGCGGUGGCAAAACUACAACUCCCACCAUGCCCACACUGCCUACAGGUAUCAGCCUAUAGCAGGGCAUGGUGGGAGUUGUAGUUUUACAACAGCUGGAGAGCCUCAGGUUGGGCCAUCCCUGGUCUAAGCGAUAAGGUUUUCUGGGAGUUCAGUAUCAAUGGCUUAUCCUCAGGAUCAGUGGAGGUCCGACUACUGGCACCCUGCCAAUAAACUAUGCUCUGUAGCAAGCACAGCGCUGUAUAGUGGCUGUGCUUGGUAUUGCAGCCCAGGCCCAUUCACUUAGACGGGACUAAGCGGCACAUAGACCAUGCGACUGAUGAAUGUGAUGUUACUGGCCUAUGAUGAGGCCACAGUGCUUAGCAGAGCACCAGUUGAUUGGGGGGCAGGAGUCGGACCCCCACUGAGAAUAGGUCAUCAAUAUUGAACUCCCAGAAAACCCUUUAAAGUGAGCGUGAAAUUUUGACCAAAAUACAGAGUAGGUGCGGGAGAGAGAAGCUCCUUCUGCAGUACAACCACUAUUUGAGAAAUGUCUGGUUAUUUUUGGCUGUGACACUGAAGGGAGGAGAUUGAUCAAAACAGGUGUAAAGGAAAAAUGACUUAGUUGCCCAUAGCAACCAAUCAGAUCCCAGCUUUUAUUUUCCAAAGGAGUUCUGAAAAAUGAAAGGUGGAAUCUGGUUGCUAUGGGCAACUGAGCCAGUUAUUCUUUACACCCUUUGAUAAAUCCCCUCCCAGUGUCUGUAGGUGUCUAGAUUAGCUUGGAUACCUUUUGAGCACCUUACGGUCAGUAAAGCCAUAAGGAGACCCUUUGCUCUUUCUGACCCAUUUGUCUCUAGUAUCGAUUAGUUCAGAUCCCUUAAAACUGGUUUGAAAUGAAGGUCAAAUAUGCAAUGACAUGACCAAUAAGUUAGUGGGGGAGAUUUAUCAAAGCUGGUACAAAGGGAAACUGGCUUAGGGCUCUUUCACACCUGUGUUCUUUUCUUCCGGCAUAGAGUUCCGUCGUCGGGGCU